AGCGGCAGCUGCAGUUCCCCUCACAGACACUCACACUGCCUCUCUAAGCACGAGAAACAAGGACGUCCUUCUUUUGCCUGGAAACCAGAGAUGUUAGGAACGAGCAGUUAAAGCCUCGCUGUAUCAUUACUGCACAACUUUCAUUUCUGUGGAGUUAAUCAGCUUCUCGAGACAUUUGAAAUCACCGUGCAGAUCGGGUGACAAGGGACUACUUGAAAAGCUUAACCUGAAUGUAAUAUUUCGUUGAAGAAGGCAGGAAUAAAAAGCCAUCAUCAUGAAUUUUGUUAUGAAGCAAGCGUUGGGAGGGGCGACCAAAGACAUGGGGAAAAUGCUGGGGGGCGAGGAGGAGAAGGACCCUGAUGCCGAGAGGAAGGAGGAAGAAAGACAGGAAGCCCUCAGGCAACAAGAGGAGGAGAGGAAAGCAAAGUAUGCAAAAAUGGAAGCAGAGAGGGAAUCGAUUCGACAGGGCAUCAGGGACAAGUAUGGUAUAAAGAAGAAGGAAGAGAAGGAGGCAGAAGCCCAGGCAGCCAUGGAGCAGGCAUCAGAAGGCAGUCUUACCCGUCCCAAGAAAGCCAUCCCUGCCGGCUGCGGCAAUGAAGAAGAGGAGGAGGAAAGCAUUGUGGACACCGUCAUGAAGUUCCUCCCAGGCCCGUUUCAAGAUAUGUUCAAUAAAAAGUAACAGCGUUACUAAUGACAAGUAGUGAUAAAACGGGAAUCAUUAAUCUCAUGAAAUCCACAUCCUCUUUCCCCGUUCCCUCUCUCGCAUUUGUUCUAAGAUCUCUGGACUCAAAACGUGUGCCAUAACAUCUGUCUUUAACUGCGAUACAUAUGUGACAUUUUCUGAUUAAAAGGAUGAGAAAAAAACAUGUGUGCACUAGAAAUGUUACAUUGCAUAUAUCUGUCUCUGUUUAAAGACAAACUUAAUGCCCCCUGAGUCCAGACCUUAGAGCAAGAAUAUUCCCCAUGCUUCAUUAAUUUUGUUUGUAAAUAGCAAAUGAUAAAAAUAACUAUAUGACUACAAAUAUAUAUAUAUAUAUAUAUAUAUAUAUAUAUAUAUAUAUAUAUAUAUAUAUAUAUAUAUAUAUAUAUAUAUAUAUAUAUAUAAACAAUGACUAUGAGUAAAAGCCAUAAAUUUAUCUUGGAGAGGUUUCUUCAGUCAUAUCAUAUUUUUGAUUGUUGCUCUGUUAUAGAUAUUAUUGAUGAACCCAUGUGGUAUACUUACAGAUAUAUACUGUAUACAGAUUCAUUUAUAAUCCAUACUUCAGACUAGUAUAGUUCCUGCUGCCAUCGUGAAGUGUCACAUCAUAUCUGAUUAAUAUGACUGAAAACUGUAAUAUGAAAGAGAAUGUAGGAUAUCACACAAGAUCUGGUUGUUUUGCUGGAUGUUUUCCUCUAAGCAUGCACACAUUUUUUCUUUUUUUUUAGUACACUGUAUCCCAUUUCAUUUGGCAUUUUUAGCUAAAAUACACUGAAACUUAAGGCAAUAACUCUGGUUUUGUAUUUUGUUGUCUGACAGACACCAGUGUUAAAUGGCAUGUUGCUCACAUCUCUGUAGAAGAUCUUCCUUUAGAGAAAACAAAACUAUACAGUAUCCCUCAUUACAUUGUCCCGCACAUUCACAUCACACUCUAGUAAACUGGAUUUGAUCGAUUAAAAUGAAAUCACGUGUUUGCUAGCCUCCGUGAGUGAAACUUUAGCUCUUAGUGCUCAUCUUGAAUUGACUUAUUUGUGCUUUUUACAGUACUUAAGAAUGUGAGGGUUGACAUAGAUCACAUACAACUACAAUUGGAUCAAUAGGGCUAUAUACAUAUAUAUAUAUAUAAUCUCCUCAUCUUCACUGCUGUACAGUAGAAUCUAAGUCUACAUUUAUUUACGUUAGCUCUCACAAUGUGGUUGUGAGCACACAUUACGUAAACAGACAGUGACAAUGGUGCAAUAUUUGUUUCUGAAUGAAGAUGUUCUGUGUCCGUUGGUUGUAUACGGGACUCUGCUCCCAAAUCAAGCAAUAACAGACAAUCUUCAUGAUUAUGUAUUCAGCUUAUUUGAAAAUGUUUGUGUGCAAAUGCUAUGUCGUCUUCCUAGUAUCAGCCAAAUGAGCUUAGUAAAAGUAAACUGGAGAAGGAAGUUAUGAGAUUCCUACUUUUUAGGAUCUCUAAAUGAAGCCUGGCUCUUGUUUAAUGAGAGAAAAAAGGAUCUGACUUGUGUUUUUAUGCUUGCUUGUUGCUAGUUUAUGUAUGACAUUAUUUCUUGUUGUUGUAAAUGCAUUGACAAGAGGGAAAACAGCAGGACUGAAUUUCUCAAUAAUGAGAAAAUCAGAUUUGAAAGAUGCAGAGUCAGAUUCUAUUAUCCAUUCUCUCUUUGUUUACUAAGAAAAAAAAGAUAAGCUAGGCUGUGGUUUGAAAGAGUAUGCUGGUAUUCUCAUUAGAUUACAUCCACAAUUAUUGUAAAUAACAAUACGUUCAGGAAAACCUGUUAGUCAUAGAUCAUUGUGCAUGUCUAAACGCAGGCAAAUUUUAAGAUUCAGAAAAAUACUAGGAAUCAAGCUGCCAUUCUGUUGUUUUGAACAUUCCAAAUAUUCCAGACAUUCCAGUCUAUCCACACUGGCUUGUGUGCAUAUGUAUAUAAAAAAAAAAAAAAAAAUGUUAUUCAGUGUUUCUAGAAAGCAUACAGUAUAAACUGUGGCUUUAAAAGUAAAACCCAGUUUAGUUAAUAAAAUAGUGUCGAUUUAUAGCACACAGUCACAGUGAUGUCAUAUCGUUCUGUCCUGCCAUGUACCACAAGAAACUUAAUUAAAAACAAGAAACAAGAAAGUUGAUUAAAAUAUAUUAAUGUUUAUGAUAUGGAUGUGCUUGGAGAUUAGAAUGGUGUCCUUCAACAGCUAAACAAACUAGCCAGUUGCUAAGAUGCUACAUUUCAUUGUAGUGGCCAAUCAUCCUGAAUGCUGUCUAAUUUUACUGCCACUUGUAUUUAAGGCCUUUGCUCACUAGAAGUGAUGUUGUGAGCUGUAACACUUUAGGAAAGAUGAUAUUCAGCUAAAAACAUUAGUAUAACAUAUAAUCGCUAACAAACUAUGUGCAACCUUUCACGCAAAUGACUUAAAAUCUUGCGUUUCUGCCACUGAGUGUACUUUACAAUCAACAGAGGCCAUUUUUGAGCACAAAUUUUGCAGUUCCAUGAUUUUUCUACAUGACUAUCAACUGUCCUUGAUUCUGCCUCUCUCAUAGUAUGAUCUGUGUGACGUGGUGAAUUUCCAACAGCUGCACUGAUAAAGUAAAUACUGCCCGAAACCCAUCACCCAUCCUAUCAUCACUUGUUUUAUUAAACCAAAGAGUGUUCCUGUUUGUGAGAACCAUUAUACCAUUAUUUCUAAUUUUUAAUGCUGUUCUUUUACAUUUAGUGUCUAAAUUAGUGUGAUGUGCGAUUACCAUCUCAGCUCUCUAGGCUUUGGGUUUUGUGAUUGUCCUUAACAGAUUCCUAAAAUGAACAGAGAAAUUAUCACACAAUUAAAUUUAAAGUCUAAAAACAAUGACAAAAUGUUCAUCCAUUCCCUAAACAUAUUUUCUAUUCAAUACUGAUUAUUAGAGUGAAGGAAAAAAAAAUAUUGCAUAGUCAUCAUCAUGUUCUCUAAAUGUAAAUCAUACAUUUACUCAAAGUCAUUCCGUGUCUCUCAGAUGCUAAUGAAGAUACUGCCUAACACAGUAAUGUUAUGAAAUAUUCCAUUGUUGUUAACUGAAUGUAUGUGUCUACUGUUCUAUUGCAUCGUCCUACAUGGUUUCCUCUAUGUUAAAAACAAUAAAUUAUCUUGGUGUGAUUGUCUGUCUGUAAUCUGUUCCUGUCUCUCUGUGGUUGUAUUUUGGAAAAAUUAUGUUUCUUAUUUGGUGCAUUUUUUUAAAGUCAUUGUAGAAUCUUCUCCCUCUCUCUUUGUUAAUGAAUUGUAUGCAUGCAUAUGAUGUGAGGUUAUAAAUGAUAUUUCUGUGUGUCCUCUGUGUUUUCUGAGCACUCCAUCUGUAGGCCUCACUGCAUGCCUGUUAUAGACAGAUUUUAGACUGUAACAUUCCUGCCAAAUGGAAUCACCAACACACGGAUAAUAAAGUGAUUUCAUAUAA